AUUCCCACCGCCUGGCAGCCUCCAUCGAUGCACUCGAUAUCUCGGCUGACGCUGUCUGGCGCUAGAACCAGGAAGGCGCUGAGCUUAAACUGGAGCAAGUACGGUGGAGGCCGGCGGCGCCCUGAUCUGAAGAAAAGUCUCAGGGUCUGCGGGGCUUGCAAGUCAACGGAAAGUGUGAGGCCAAAGGUCUGGACCCAGCUUACAGAAAUGGGACGUCGGUCAUCAGAUACUGAAGAAGAAAGCAGAAGCAAGAGAAAAAGGAAACACCGUAGACGGUCCUCCUCGAGCAGUUCUUCAGAUAGUAGAACAUACAGCCGAAAGAAAGGAGGAAGGAAAUCAAGAUCAAAGUCAAGAUCUUGGUCCAGAGAUCUUCAGCCUCGCUCACAUUCUUAUGAUAGAAGACGCAGGCAUCGAUCAAGCAGUAGCUCUUCUUAUGGCUCUAGAAGGAAGCGAAGUCGAAGUCGUUCAAGGGGUCGAGGGAAAUCCUAUAGAGUUCAGAGGUCUAGGUCAAAAAGCAGAACAAGAAGGUCCAGGUCAAGACCUCGUCCACGUUCUCAUAGUCGUAGCAGUGAAAGGUCCAGUCACAGAAGAACGCGUAGUCGGUCUCGGGAUAGAGAACGACGUAAAGGCAGAGAUAAAGAGAAGAGAGAAAAGGAGAAGGAUAAGGGGAAGGACAAGGAAUUACAUAACAUCAAACGUGGGGAAUCUGGAAACAUCAAAGCUGGAUUAGAACAUCUGCCGCCGGCUGAACAGGCCAAAGCCAGACUGCAGCUGGUUCUUGAAGCUGCUGCAAAAGCUGAUGAAGCAUUGAAAGCCAAGGAAAGAAAUGAGGAAGAAGCAAAGAGAAGAAAGGAGGAAGACCAAGCCACCCUGGUAGAACAAGUAAAAAGAGUAAAAGAAAUUGAAGCUAUUGAAAGUGAUUCUUUUGUUCAGCAGACAUUCAGAUCAAGUAAAGAAGUCAAAAAGUCAGUGGAACCUAAUGAAGUGAAACAGGCAACUUCAACAUCAGGACCAGCAUCAGCAGUUGUUGAACCACCCAGUACUGAAAAAGAAAUAGAUCCUAGCAGCAUCCCUACUGCUAUCAAGUACCAAGAUGACAAUUCCCUGGCCCAUCCAAAUUUAUUUAUUGAGAAAGCUGAUGCUGAGGAAAGAUGGUUCAAGAGGCUAAUUGCUCUCCGACAAGAAAGACUAAUGGGCAGUCCUGUGGCCUAAGUUACAUAUAUGUGUGUGUAUAUAUAUAUAACUGGAUUGGAUUUAGCAGUAACAUUGGAAAUUUAGGUUUUUAAAACCCAAUAUUAACUUUUUACUCUUAAAAAUAAUUUUGCUGAUUAUAUAUAAAGGUAGUCUCAUUUCAUUUGUCUCUCAUGCAGGCUUGAAUAUUUGUUGAUUUGAAUUAAAUCAAACAUUGUGAAAAUUAAAACAUAAAAUUUAAGAUUGCAUGAAAAUGUCAUAAACUAGUCAUAAAUAGGUCAGUGUUAAAAUGAAUGGUACAUAGUAGUGUUUCUUAGUACAAUUCAAAAAAUGUCAAGAUGUUAUUUAAAGACACAAUUUUGAUUAAUUAUGCAUAUAUUGAAUUACAUCCUAUAAAUAUGAGAUUUCAUCUUCCAUCUGGUAUUCAACCAUUUUUAAAUAUUUUAUUUCACCUUAUUGCAAAUUUUUAGGCACAAUAAAAAGCACCCUAAACAAUGUAAGCAGAAUGUGUAUGUUAACAUGUUUAUUAAAAAAAAAUUUGAAACUCUAAUAAACUGAUGAUUUUGCUUAGAGAUCAGCUUCUACUAGAUGCUCCUUUGCAACAUGUUAGCAAUCUCAAUUCAUUGUCUUAGAAAUCACAUGUUUAUGCUAGACCUAACUAGUUGGCCAGAUACCCAUGACUGAGAAAUCAUUUCUGAGAAAACUGAUAAGGGCUCUCACUUCAGUCUUACUUAACCCACUGCUAUUCCCUGUGGAGAAAGCCAACUAAUUGUUUUGAUAAGGUUAUCUGCCAUUGUAGAAUACCUUUCUCUAGCAGCUGAAUGACAAUCAACUAUGCAUUCCAUACUGAACAUGCCAGAGAUAAGGACUUUUAGGCCUUGCUUUACAAAACUGUUUUUUAACAGCUGACAUGAAUAUUUCCCAUUUCUAUUUUCUUCUCUUGUCCAGUCAUGCUAAUUUAGUUUCUGUGAAGACUGUAGCUCAGAAAAAAAGAUAAGCACAAAAAGUCUUCAGGGCAGGACUCCCAACAUAUAGGACAUUUUAAAGCCAUCUUCUUUAUAUUUCUGGGACUAUUAAAAAUCAAAUCUCUGUUGAAAAUGAAAAAUAUAAAACUUAUAGUCAAUUGCAAAUCGUAUGAAAAAUAAGUGAUGGUUAAAUAUUUGUUUUACUACAAACAUGCUUUCCCAUUCUAAAUAGAUGCUAGUUUUCUUUUUUCCUUAGCUGUAAAUAAAAGUGCCACAAAUGAACUGA